CCUUUAUCAAAAAUUGCCCGUUUUACCAGGAACAUCAAGUCGGAUACACACCUCUUCUAUCGAUGGUCAAAACUACAAUAACGAAAGGGACUUGGCACUCUACUCUAAGGUUACUGGUGGCUCGUGCUCUGCUGUGUAGCAAACAUGGCAACAGGGCGCAUGGUGCUGAUGUAUUUACGGAACAAGGAUUGUUGUGGUGUUCUGAAUGGGAGGGGCCAAGGAAUUUGUUAACGUUUCACAAGACUACACACAAUACGCACCGCUCAUCACAGGGAACUCACAUCGCACACAGUGCUUGCUGCAACACUCUUUUUGUUCCUUUUUGUAGCUGAACCAACAGAAAGCUGCCACUCCUUUUUCUCUCCUUCCUCUCUUUUCCUUCUACACUCUUUCUAUCUUUCUGUAUCUUUCCUCGCGAGUUCUACUGUUGGACGCGCAUAUUUAUGGCUUAUUCUCGAUCUCCGCCUCGCUCACCUUCAUCUCACGAUGAGUGGGAUCCUCGCGGUCCCAAACCUCUCGCCAAAGCUUAUUCGACUUCUUCAUCUCGGUCUGCAGGAAAUUCACGCACUCAGUCCGUUACUUCGCAAUCCAGCCGGGCAACAAGCUCAGCGAACAAUGCCAGCUACGAAACAGCUGCACGAACAUACUAUGGCGAGCUGAACAAGUUUCUUACCGCGGUCCUCGCCAAAGAGGCUGCUGAAGGCGCACAACCGCAACGAGUAUCCGCACGUCAGAAGCUUUCUCGCCUUAAUAACCUUCAGUUCCAUGAGCUGGCUAUGGACGUGUAUGAUGAACUGAUGCGCAGAAACCUUAACGAUAAGCAAGUGCCGUUCCUUGCUGUACGCGAAGAGUUUCACCCGCGGCGCAAUCAGGCUAGACAGAAACUCGCCACAUUGCCAAGCGCUCGUUUUAAGGAUCUCGCAAGUGAUGUUUAUCACGAACUGACUCGUCGCUAUCCGCAGGUUACCGAAUCAGAUGAUGCAAUGCGACCUCCUGUUCCACCAAUUCCAACCAAUGCCGGCAAUACCAGCAAACCUCAAGCAAGUCAUGCAACAAACAUUGUACCUGUCAAAGGCACAAUCAAUGUGGAGUCAGUGGCCUUGUCGGAGGAUGAGAAGGCAUAUAUGACGCGAGAAGGCAGCAAUGAUGAGCGUACGACCUAUUUAAGCGACAGUGGCGGUAGCAGCAGCACUGGAAGCAGUGGUGGUAAUGGAUACGGGAUGCAACCAAAAGGUGGGCCUGCGCCAACAGCCAAUGGUCAUCUCAGCAGUGGUAGCAAUGGAAGCGAGGGCAACUUCCAAUCUUUGGAUAGUUUGAUGGCUGAUCUGGGUAAUAUGGUGACGACCAAAGGUCCAAGCCCUUCUGCAGCGAACGGCGAUUUAGACGAUAUCAGAGUGAAUGAAAAAAUGGACAAAAUGCGGGCUGAUUACGAGCAAAAGCUUGCAAGCAUGUCGAAGCGUACCCAGCAACUAGAAACGGAACUACUGAGUGCUCGAGAAAGGAAGGGAUCAAUAAAGUCGGACGAUCAGGAUGUAAACCACUUACGGAAGAUGGAUCAUUCUCGGUUGAAGCAGUUGCAGGAAGAAUAUAAUCGGUUGGAUGACCAAUACAGACACUUGGAACAGGAACAUCGUGACCAACGAGAGGCCGUGCAGGAAGUGCGUGAUGAAGCAGGCCAUCUGCUCGAGCAAAUCAAGAUCCUGUCUUCGAAAAACGAUGACCUCCGAGCAGAAAAAGCCCGCUGUGAUGACCGCAUUAGACAGCUCACUGAAGAGAGCAAGGAAUGGCAGAACAAGUAUGAGAAGAGUCGAUUGGAACUACGAACAUUGAAAGCUGCGUCUCUGAUCGAAUCCGCUAUUCCUCAACAAAGUGGGUUUAUACAGCCUACCCGUAACGGCGUCAUAUCGCAUGAACAUAUCUUGACAUAUCAAACAAGCAUUGACGAACUUUUACAGACCGCUAGAUCGCACAAACCAUCCGAUGUACUCUCAUCUAUGCAAAAGAUCGUCAUGACAUGCAAAAAGGUCACUGAAGAAGUCGAGCAGCAUGAGACACGAGGGGGUCUAUCUUCACUUGCACAGAGCAAUUUGUACAGUUUAAAGAGCCAGUUCUCGACCGCUUUGACACACCUUUUGACGGCAGCCAAGAACCACGCAAAUGGAAUGGGCAUCAGCCCAGUGAGCUUGUUGGAUGCGGCAGCUGGACAUAUGACGACAGUGAUGGUGGAUCUGGCGAAAUUGUUGGGUAUUAAGCCUUCAAGUGAAAGCAGCAAUGGCGAUAUUGAUGCUAUGGGUAUGAAUUGCGGCGGUUCUUUGCGACGAAAAGACUCUGGUAAUGGCAAGAGCAGUAACAGCCGGAUUGCAGCAGCUGCAGCUGCAGGUGAUGCAUUGCUUCCUGAAGAGCUGAGUGAAUACCUGAAAAGCGAAACCGACCACAUCGUUCAAACAAUCCAGCGACUUUUGGCGGCUUUGCGCUCGCCCCGAGACGCUGAACAAGUCUAUGGCAUUAUUACCUCCAUUGUGGAUAUCGUGGUUAGCAUCAUGGAAGUCUGUGAGAGCACGUUCGCGUCUGGCGCAGGAUAUCGCUACCGCAAACAAGGCAGUCUUGUCAUGUCCGAUCUACAGCAUUGCAAGCAAACACUUACACAAAUUCGUGAUACGUCUUUCGAUCAAUCGCCAGAAAUGGCGAGUGCAACGGCCAAGCGGGAUCUAGCCAAGGAAGCGUAUGAAAUCGCAAAGUACACGAAGGAACUCAUCAAUAUCUUUGAUGGCUAA